AUAGGGUCGCUUUGCUUUCACGCGACACGCUACUUAAGAUUGAUUUUUAUCUCUCUGUCAAAACGAUGGAGGCUUUUAGAAACAACGACAGAUAGCAGCGAAAGAAAGUCUUAACCUUUUUUCAAGUUCAUGGGUGAGAUUGGAAUAAUGGUUUCGCGGCUUCAGCAAGAGGGGCUUGAUUUGGAAGACAUGAUCGACGAAGAAUUACGAGCUGCGGGGUUUUUGGAGUUAUGUGAACGGACCACAAGAACCCUUUUACAGAGAGCAGUUGCUGUUGAAGAAAGCCACUCCACUUUGAGAAGGCUAUUGGACUCCAUUGAUGCACAGUUAAAGGAAUAUCAAGGCACUCUGCCAACAGUAAGGACAUCAGAAAAAGAAGCUCCAAGAACUACUCUGGGUAGCAAGGACCAACAGGAUCAACAACAACAACAGCAGCAGCAACAACAACAGCAGAAGAGUGCGACUGUUAUUGUUAUUGAUGAUGAUGAGACUGAAUAUGUUGAUGUUGCUGAUAUGUCUUGCCAAGCCACUGAUGAAGACAUCAAGAAUGAGACUCGUGAAAGAGAAAAGGAAAGAGAGAAGGAAAGAGAGAAGGAAAAAGAGAGAGAAAAGGAGAAGGAAACUAAAAAGGAAAAAGAAAAGGAAAAAGAAAAGGAAAAAGAAAAGGACAAAGCAGAGACAGUUAAUCUAAAUCAAAAUCUCUCAGUACCUCCAUGGCAGCAAACAGCUCAAACAAACAUUUUACAAAAUUAUGUUCCAAUCAGACCUGCUCCACCUAAGGAAGUAGUAAACACCUUCACUUCAUCACAGACUGGAACUAUGUCACUAACUGUACAAAGAACAAAACAAUCAGAUGUUUCUAUUUCUCCGUUAAGUCCCAUUAAGUCACCCCCUCCGAUUUACAAGACAUUGAAGCCACCAGUUGGCAGUGGAGAGCCAUUUUUACCAGAACGUGUCGCUGUGAUGUCAUCUCCCCCAUCUCUUCCUGUGCAGCAAACAUUACCUAAUCUUGAAUUGCAGACAGGAACACCACCUCUUACAUCACCUGUCAACAGCAGACCAAGUACCACACCCUCUGUUCCUCAGCUGCCCCUCAGGCAGGCAUCCUUACCUCAGCCUGGACCGUCUUCUCUUGGGAAAAAAGAAUCAAUUGACAAAGAAGUAAAAAGUCCCCCAGCAGGGCCUCCUAAGUUUGAGGUUGGGACUCGCGUCAUAGGUCAGAGGGCUGAUGAACUCUGGUAUCCAGGUAUAAUAGAGAGGAUUUUGACAGACAAACACAAUCAGAUCAAAUACAAGGUGAAGUUUGACAAAGGUACAAGAGGAGUGUUGUCAUCCAAUCAUAUUUCUUUGGAGUCCAAUCCCAACCCAUCAGUGCUCAAUGUUGGCAGUCGUGUUGUAGCAUUGAGGCCUCGGGAUACAGCAGAAGAGAAUGCGUCUUGGCGGAAACCUUCCACAGGAAUAUAUGGCAAGUUAGAUGUACUGUAUGCUGGUAUUGUUGCUGAGAAUGCCUGUGGUGAAAACAAAAACAGAUAUCUGGUCUUCUUUGAUGAUGGAUUUGCUCAAUACUUACCAGUCAAGAAACUCCAUCAUGUGUAUCAUACAGGCAAGAAAGUCUGGGACGAGGUAGCUGAGCAUUCCAAGGAGUUUAUACAAGAAUAUCUAGAAGAGUUUCCUAAUCGACCAAUGGUAAAACUUAAAGUGCAUCAGUGGGUUAAAACUGAAUGGAGAGGCCAAUGGUUGAAAGCCAAAGUGAUGCAGCUAGAUAGCAGUUUGGUGAAGAUGCUGUUUCAGAUUGAUAAUCGAUCUGAGUGGCUGUAUAGAGGCUCAACAAGAUUAGAACCUUUAUUUAGUGCCUUGGUUGAUGGAAAGAUUUCCACUGCAAAAAAAAAGAGGUCUCGUAAACUGACGCGAGGCGCAUCAUCAGGAAAACCCCAAGAACCGUUCAUCGACUACAGUAUCACUAAACCUUGUUUUGGUAUUUCACCUUACAGCAAAAGUGAUCCUCUUGGCGAACAACAGCGAAAACUGGAGGAAAAACGACAACAAACACAGCUUGAGCAACAAAGACAGCAAGAGCAACAAGAACAAUUGAGACAAGAUAAUAGCAGUUUCAUUAAAACAUCCACUGGGAAGGUUCCGUCCAUUAAUAACAGUCGACCAACCUCAACCGUAACAGGAGCUGCAACCACAGGGGCUGCAACCACAGCGGCUGCAACCACAGGGACUGUUAGGAGUUCGUCGAGCGAUUCAGGCUUUGUGUCUACCAACAAGGGCACGAGUGAAUCAUCUUUAUCGAGAAUGGAAACUUCGUCUGGACCCAGUGGAAAACAGAAGAGGGACUUCGGAGGUGCCUCUGGAACUCAGGCAGCAGGAUCGCAACAAACAAACUCGGCAAAACUUAUCCCAGGCAGCGCUUUUCAAUCUAGCACUGCUUGUGUUGGCGGCGGUCAUUGUGUGACACUCCCAGCGUCUGGACGAAAGAAUAAUUUUAGUACCACAUCAGUCACUCAAGCGAGUAUUGCAAGGAAAAAAACUAGUGCUGGACUUGUCACUUCAAGAGAUCUCGCACAAAGAUCGAAUGGUAUUCAAGUGAUUGACUUGGAUGGAGAUGGUACAACAGCUGUGCUUCGUGAUCCUAUGGAGUCGAAUCAGAUGAUGAGUCCCAAGUACCUAGUUCCUUAUAGCUUGGAUGGGUCAAAUCUGGACGACCUUUACAACUCUCAGGCGUGGGAGGCACCCUGGUUACGAGCCAAAAACCGUGACGUCAGAAGCGUAGAUUACAGUCGAGUCCCAGCCUUCCAAAUUCCCACAAACGACCGGCAUAAACAGGACGCUGCAACGCUAAUCGCAGAGAGACUGAAACAGUAUGAACCAGAUAACAUGCCUGAGGGACAGGGUGUUCCUGCUGGUCUACCUGUUCCUAGAAAGCCAGCACCUAGAGGGCCUCACAAAUGCAGCAAGCCGUGCAAUUUGUCGCUUAGUCUAGAACCGAGUGAAUUAAUAAAACACAAUCCAAGGGCAGUUCCUCUUUUACUGAGAUGGAAAAGAGAGAUAGCACAGCGUCACCCAGGCAACAGGAAAACUGUUUACUACCGAACACCGUGUAACAAGCGACUGAGAUCAAUGGCGGAAGUGGCAAAUUACUUAACGAUCACAGAAGCCACCAACGUGUCGAUCGACCAGUUUAUUUUUGAUCCAGACAUAUCAUGUCAAGACACUGUAUUUCGUGAUGUGGAACCAAUUUGUCCUGACAUAUCAUGUGGCGCAGAGGCUGUCCCAAUCUCGGUUGUAAACGAAGUAGACACGUGUUAUCCCCCUCCCAUCGACUAUGUACCUAAGAGGCUUCUCGCGGAAGGAGUGAAUAUGGUCCUCGACCCAGGCUUUUUGGCUUGUUGUGACUGUACGGACAACUGCCAAGAUAAGAGCAAAUGUUCCUGCGCACAGCUCACCAUCCAGGCUUCUGCUGCGGUGGGAGGAAAGGAGGAUCCAACAAUUGGCUAUGAAUUCCGUAGGCUCAAGGACUGUGUACAAACAGGGAUCUACGAAUGCAAUCAGAACUGUGCUUGUGCGAGUCAAUGUUUUAACCGAGUGGUACAGAAUGGUAUACAGCUGCGAUUGCAAGUAUUUAAAACGGAAAACAGAGGAUGGGGACUCAGAACUUUGGAUGACAUUCCCUCGGGUACUUUUGUCUGUACAUAUGCCGGACAGAUUCUCAACGAAGACAUGGCUAAUAAGGAGGGAAGAGAUUUUGGAGAUGAGUAUCUAGCUGAGUUAGAUCACAUUGAGGUAGUUGAGAAAGCAAAGGAAGGCUACGAGUCUAACGUAUCAGACCUAGAGGAUGACAGUGUGAUUUACCAGACGCUUUGUGCAGACAGCAGUUCUUCAGGGAGUGAUUCAGCAAAUAGUGGUGAAAGUUCGUUAUCCGGAGAUGAGUCUUCUGAGGUGGAUUCUCUGAUAAGUGAAGAAAGUUACAGCUCCGAACGAAACUCGAGACUUGGUGACGGUGAAAACAUUCCCCAUAAACCAUCCAGAAGAAAAAAAAGGAAGAGAUCAGAUAGGAAAGGUGAAAAGAGGAAACGCAGUCUACAAGGAGAAGAAUCGUUAAUGGUCGAAUCAAAAGCCGUAGGGUUGUCGAACCUUGCUGACGAAAAAUGGUGUUACAUAGCUUUAAAGCGUAACCAUGACAAUCAAAAAGACGCUGCAGCUUAUCUGGAAAAGGUGUUGAAAAUUGAAAAGACUGAUAAUACUGGUGUCCAGGUUGGUGUGGACAGCCUCUCAGAGGUGAAAGAAGGUGAAGUGGGUGUCGAGCGAGAUGAGAAAGAGAAAGAAGUUGGCAAGCUAAUGAAAGAUGACGAAAAGAAUGUCGGUCAAAGUAGCGACUUUGACUUUGAUGACGUAGACGAGACGUUUUGCCAGAAAAUGCGGAAUAACACUUUACAGGAAAUUCCAGUGAACAGCGAGACAAACAUCCCAGGUCCCACGAAAGAAGAAAAUAUCACGCAGCAGCACGGACAAGAAAACAAUAUGAAUAUUAUUGACUUGACGAGUGAUAAUGAAAUUGAUAAUGAAGAAAUUUCGCAACUCAAAGAGAGUGACUUUCCCCUGAAUUCUUCUCGAAGCCAAACUCUGCAAUCACAGAUCAAACGUGAAGUGCUUACGCCUGAACCCGAAAAACUAGGUAAGCAGGAAAAACUGAACUGUCCUGCAAAACCCGUUGAAGACACGAAUUCGGAUUCUGCACCGUCGCUCAUCUCUGCUGAAGAUCUCUCUAAACUUGCAGCCAAAAAUACCACCGUCGCUGAUGAACCUCCAGUCUUAACUAAAAUGAAUCCUGGAAUUCGCCGGGUUCCAAACCAGCUAGACGACAUGAUUUUGCGCUUACAAAAACGCGUUUUGACGGCGCAGCCGUCCUCGUCUGACUCCGGCGUAAAUAGCGUAGAAGGACCAACUGUCGUGGACUUUGAACGGUCGGGCUUAGACGUUCUCGAUAAACGUUUAACAGAAAAAAUCCCCCUUCUAGAAACGUCUUUAGGAAUUGGGGCAGAACCUCUAUCUGAACCAUCUUCUCCAGAAACAGAAAACAUGGAGUCCUUUCCUCCUUCACCGUCAAGUUUACGAUCAGAUGUAUCAAAACCCGAAUCGCUAGAUCGGAAGUCGGAGAUUUCUACCGGAAGUUCAAAGAGAAGCACUGGAGUAUCAAAGCAACCAGCCAAAAAGCUAAAGACAAACUAUCAAAAGAUCCAUACUCAUCCGAAACCCACCAUGAACAGUCCUCCUUCACUAAAAGCUUCGCCCAACACACCCUCGCCCGCACGCCCGUCGCUGUCUCGUCAGUCCUCAGUUAGCAGCAAGAGACUGAGCACUAGAGUGAUGUUUGGAGAAGAACAUUGCUACGUCAUAGACGCCAAGGGUUAUGGGAACUGUGGUCGAUAUUUAAAUCAUAGUUGUUCGCCAAACUUGUUUGUCCAGAAUGUGUUUGUAGACACUCACGAUCUUCGUUUCCCGUGGGUGGCAUUUUUCACUCAGCAGAACGUUGCAGCCGGAACUGAACUGACCUGGGACUACGCUUACGAAGUAGACAGCGUUAAAGGCAAAGUUUUACAUUGCUAUUGUGGGUCAGCGGAAUGCCGUGGGAGACUUUUGUAAGCUCGCUCUUUCUUGCCCAAUGGUAAACUGAUUUUGAAAUUUGGUGUCGGACACAAACGUAAUGAGAAGUCUUACACGAAACCUCCUGAAUACGUACUAACGAUGUGGCUUGAAAGUCCCAGGAACUAAUGGAAAAAAGUCGCGACAUCAAUUACUGGCAUUCCACAGAGGACUUAUCAGCUCACCGGAAGAUCCAAGUCAGACUUGUAGUGACACUAUACCAAAGCGAGGGAGACCAAGAAUUUCAGGGCCAAGGGAUGAAUUUUUCCUCACAAUUUGCCGACUAAGGCCAGGGUUCAAAGAGGAAUAUCUAGAACACCUUUAUGGUGUAAUCCAGACUUCGGUUAGUCGCAUGACAAUUUCAUGAGUCAGUUUUAUGUUUUUGAAAUUCAAAUACUGGUAUGCUAUCAUGCACGUGUCUUAUUACACAUUAAUGUCUGUCUAGUCAUCUUUUUCCUUUUUGAUAUCAUGAUUUAAAUUGUUAUGGUUCGAAAUUGUUGAGCCUUCAAUCAGGGGCCGUGGUUGGCGGCACAUUCAUCGUAGUGUUUUGGGAAGAAACGUGUGCGAUGAAUUCUUUGUAAGUGUUUGUACAAUUUCCGUCGCAAUUUUAAGCAGAGACUUCACAUGCAAAUGGUCAUAAUGCAAUUACCGUAACCGGGGCCACCCAGGCAAUGUAAAAGCCAAUCAGAGGGAAGAACUGAACUGAGAGAACUGAGUCUACCAUUUUCACCUCACUUGAUCAAUUGUCGAAUUGACCGCAGAAAAAUCGUCGUUUAUUUACCGGUGAUGUUUACGCGACUACGGAGUCAGUUAAAUGUCUUGUUCAAACCGCUGGUGAUUUAGAAUUUACGUUGGCUUGCGGAUUGUGAGAGUUCAAAUUGGACGAAUUUUUGCUGCUUUUAGCUUUUACUGAGUCGUUGGCGGGUUUUGGAUUUUAAAGAAAACAAACACUGGAACUUUAAUGGAGACGAAGUGCAUGCCGGGAUUGAAUUGUCGAGAGCCCCUCAAAUGGUGUCUUAGUAAUGUGGCCAAAGGUUUCAGUAGAUGCUCUUCCGAGUGUUUGUUGAUGUUCUUCUUUCAUUUAAGUUGCCGUUUGGUUACUUUUCCGAACAACUCUUGCUAAUGCUAUGUCGCACGAAAGUUUCCAAGUUGGGUAGGUUUGUCUGCUAAAUUUUGCGCACAUAUUACAGAGCGAGAGACUUUUAAACAGUUUUCAUGACUUUUCUUUGUAUGUGAGAAGUGCCACUUUGGAUGUAUAUAAAAUCGCCUUUUUUGAAUUUGAUAAAGAAACACUGAUUUUGUUACCGUACUUUGGAUGUCGAAGACUUAUAGCUGGACAUUUAUUUGAUUAUUGUAUCAGCAAUUAAUAUGGAUGUGAUUAAUACUAGCCUGUGUUUAACGAAAUAUUCUGGACAUAUUUUUGGAUUAAAUUAUGGACACGAAAGUGUUGAAUUUAUUUACAAG